GCACCGCUCUGCUCUGCUGUCUGCGCCUGAUCUGAUGUGGGCUCCGCUCACAGCCCGAGUGCAUGGCCCCCGACUGCAGCUCCGGGCUGUAACACUCCGCAAACAACAGCGCCCCCAAACCCCCUCCGAUUUUAUUCCAAUAAUCAAAGCGGUCGGAUCUCGGUGUCCGUGAGCGACCGAAGCAUCUUCCGGCUCGGAGCGGGACCACGAUGCACCAGAGCCGGGGACAGGCCGAGGCCGGGGCCGUGUUGCUUCGCUGAAUCGGGGCCGAGCGGAAUCGGGAGUGUGUGUGUCUGGCGACAGGGGGGGAGGGCAGGGGGGAGGCGCUGAUCGCUCCAACGGGGCCAACGCUGAGAGGUUGCGGCCUAGUCGCCGUGCGUGUCCCCCCCCCUCCCCCCCUCGUUUGCUCGACUUGGCCGAGACCCUCCCCCCUCCUUCUCAUCCUCCCUCCCUCCCUCCGUCCGCCCGCCGCACCAUCUCCAUCAUGGCAGAGGAGCAGCCCGAGCGAGAGUCGGAGCAGCAGCAGCCCCGCAGGCCGGACGGCAGCGCGGCUCUGCCAAGCCUGGUGCCGGGGCUGGCAGAGUCGGAGGCGAAUGCACUGCAGCAGAAGCUGAAGAACUCAAUCUGCAAAACUGUACAAUCAAAAGUGGACUGCAUUUUGCAAGAAGUGAUGAAGUUUACAGAUCCAGAAAAACUCUACCUCUACCUUCAGUUGCCUUCUGGUCUCAGCAAUGGAAACAAAAGCAAUCCAAGCUCUUUGUCUUCAAGCCGUACUCUGCAAAUGCAUGCAUGUAACUGGAUCCGAAAUCAUUUGGAGGACCACCCAGAUACUUCACUGCCCAAGCAAGAGGUUUAUGACGAAUACAAAGGUUAUUGUGACAAUCUUGGAUAUAACUCUUUAAGUGCAGCUGAUUUUGGGAAGAUCAUGAAGAAUGUCUUUCCAAAUAUGAAGGCUCGGCGUCUUGGCACAAGAGGGAAAUCUAAAUAUUGCUAUAGUGGUCUGAGGAAAAAGGCUUUUGUUCACAUGCCGUCACUACCAAGCUUGGAUUUUCACAAAACCACUGAAGGGUCUGAAGGAUCAGACUGUGCAGGGCACUUGCAGAGUAUUGAUGAAGAGGUCAGAUCUGCAGCUUGCAGUCUGGUGUGUGAGUGGGCCCAGAAGGUAUUAAUUCGCAAGUUUGAUUCGGUGGUCGAUCUCGCACGCUUCCUUGUAACCAGUCACUAUAUUGUCACUAAAUCCAUCGCUGCGUUGUCCAUGAUGACUGGUGAUCCUUCAGGAGGGCAGCAACCUUCUGCGUUUGUGCCUAUGGCUGAAAGCAACUCUUUUCAGCCCCAAGUGAAGACUUUGCUUUCGCCAUCAAUAGAUGCCAAACAACAAUUACAGCGCAAAAUUCAACAAAAUACACUGAAGAAACAACAAGAACAGAAACUUCAAUCUCCACUUCCAGGCGAGCAACAAGGGAAGAAGAUAGAGGGCCCCACUGUUGGAGGAGUAACUAACAUUCCCAAUGGAAGCCCUGCUUUGCUUUCUCCACAGCCCACAAUUGGCAUAGUAGUGGCAACUGUUCCCAGCCCUAUCCAGAUGCAAAGAAGCAGGCAGAUGAUGACGUCACCAAGUCCAUUGGGUCCAUCAGAAAGCAAGGUCCUUCCUUUGAAUGUUCAGGUUGUGGCUCAACAUAUGCAGUCGGUCAAACAGCAGCAGAAGACUAUCCAGAAUAUUCCUGCAAGUCCACAUAAUGACCGCUCAAGGCCACGUUAUCAUCAAAUCUUGCCUAAACCACCUUCAACCAACACACUUACUCUUACCUCUCCAACAAGGGUACUUUUGGCCAGUAGCAGUCCAAUUAAAACUGUUGCUUCUGGAGCAUCCCAUCCAAGCUCUUUGAAUAUGGUGAAGAUGACUACAAUAUCUCUUCCACCCAGUACAGGUGCAUCUCCUAAACCUACAUCAUCAGCGAGUAACAGUGGUGGAGUAACAGAAAAAACAAAAUCUACGUCAACUGUGAAAGUUGGCGCUACUUCUCUUUCUGCUGCUGGAUCCAGAUCAAGUAGUGCCACGACUACACCUACUGCGGAGGUCAUCAAAUACGAACAGGAAGCGAUAUCAAAUGAUGAAAAGCAGAUUCAGUGCCAAGAUCAUUCAAGAAAUCUGAAUGAUCCCAGAAGAGCUUCUGGUUCUCCGUCCGGACAGAGAGGUAAUAGUGAAGGUACCACAAAAGUGAAGACGCCAAAUGGGAGAAUAUCUACUGAGAAGGCAGCUAAAGUCUGUAAUGGUCAGAAAACUGAAGGAAAACGGUCAAAAAAUGAUGGCAAGUUUUUACACAAUGAAAAUCUGGCCAUUUCAUUGUCUGGAAAUAAUCAAAAUGCUUUUGUUGUUUCCUCUGCUUUAAUGAUGAACACCAGCAUUAGUUCAAAAUCCAAUGCCGAUACUGCCAGGUCUCAUAAAGAUAAUGGGAUGUGCCCAAAAAGCCCAAGGAAACGGUCUCCCUCAAAUUCGUUAGGUGAGCCACUGGUGCCACCUGUGAAGAAAGCUCUGGUUUUGGAACCCAUUUUCGAUAGUGCAGAACAUCAGAUCAGUCCUGGAACUGCAGUAGUGACACAUCCGAAGCUCUCUGCAGGUGUACUGGUAAAAAAUGAGAAAACCCCAACAUCUCAGGUUCAUACACCUAGUAAAAUUACUGUUAAACUAAAUACAACAGGGAUAACCCGUAUAUUAGCCAACCCUUCAUCCGAUAUCCAAGUGGUCACCUUGGGUUGCGUUCAGACGGAUACAGAACAAAUGUCUAUCUUUCAGGAAAACGAGACCGCAGAUUUGGAAAGGGGCUUAUUUUCUGUGCAGGGGCACAACACAAGUACAAAGCUGUUUGCCGAUCAUACUGAUAUCCAGCAUAUCAAAAGGAAACACCAAUGUUUUUUUAUGAAUACAGAAAGGCAGGCAGCUGUAAAUGCUAAUACAAUAGGGAAUUCAGGGACCAUUGAUUUUCGAGAAUCUGCAUGGGAGCCAGCACAAUGUAAUGGGUUGGAUCAGCAGCCUUAUGAUCAACAGUUGCAUGCUCAAAAUCAGAUGCAAGUUUCUAAUUCGGUUCAGCUGCAAGGACACCAUCAAGUGCAGUUGUCACACCCGUUACCUCUGCAGGAUAAUUUGAUGGAUCUCACUGCUCCAAGUUCACAACCCAGUGAUAACUACUUUCAAUUUGACGAUGAUCUUACACAGGACAGUAUUGUAGAAGAGCUUGUGUUAUUUGAAGAGCAAAUGUCCUUGAAUGUUGAUUAUGAAUCUGCGUUGGGAAUACCUGCUCAUGGUCAUUCUGCAGGAAGUCAGAAUACACUGUUAUCAUCUCAUCAAAUGGGGCAAUUCUAUCAUCCCAUCCAUAGCAGUGGCACUCCAACCCCAACGCCAACACCAACUCCGACACCCAAUCCAACACCUACAUCAGAAAUGAUUGGCUCCCAAACAUGUUCCAGUCCUAGCUCCAGAAUGGCUCAAUCCACACCUGUUGACAGUGCUCUCGGUAGUAGCAGGCAUACGCCAAUUGGUACACCUCAUUCAAACUGCAGCAGUAGUGUACCUCCGAGCCCUGUUGAGUGCCGGAACCCGUUUGCUUUUACUCCCAUAAGCUCCAGCCUGGCCUACCAGGAUGCCAGUGUAAUUUCCAGUAGUCCUGUUAAACCGAUGCAACGGCCCAUGGCUACUCAUCCAGACAAAACAAAAAUUGAAUGGAUGAAUAAUGGAUACAACACUGGAAUGAGCAAUCCAGCAAUGUUGACCAGUGGUGUUGGUAUUCUUCCUAGUUACCAGAAACUUACAGAGGAUCACUUUAGAAAACCACAUGCCUUUGCAGUUCCUGGACAGACAAUGCAAUCAUAUCAUAAUACUGUGCAGUUACAGUUCAGACAUCAUGAUGCUCAAAUGGGCCGUGUUACUCCUGUUUCACCUAUACCACACCAGGCAGCUUCAAUGGCUAAUUGCAAUAAGCAGGAGGGCUUUGCAGUGCCAGCGCCUCUUGACAACAAAGGAAUACAUUCACUGAUCAAUAAUUUUAGGUGCCGCAGUGUCAGUCCUGCUGUUCGUCAACGUAAUCUUAGCGGAAGCACAGUUGGUCCAGUGAUUAAUCUGCCGAGAACAAGUAUGGCAACUUUUGGAAGCCCAAUGACACCCGAGGUUCACAACACAUUUGUUAACAAUAUUUCUGAUAAUAGUGCCAACAGCAUAGCUCAAAGAAGCCAAUCUGUCCCUUUGUCAGUUAUGAUGCAGAAUACUUUUCCAUCUUACCAGAAGCCAACUAACACGAAAAAGAUAACAAAUGUGUUGUUAAGUAAACUUGAUUCUGAAGGUGACGAUGCAAUGAGAGGCUUAGGAAUAAAUAAUUUGCCCUCCAAUUAUACAGCACGAAUGAAUCUUACUCAGAUAUUAGAGACAACAUCUAAUUUUGCCAACCAGCAACCAAUGAUUAAUCCAGGCUCUUCUGUCUUUGAAUUCCAAAAGCCCAGUUAUGUAACAAAACACAUCAAUAAUGAUCAGAUGGGUUAUAUUUCUGAGGGUAAUCAAGCACAAACAGAAGCCAGAGUGCAAUCAUUGGAUUUCAACAAUACAGUCAAAGACUUUCUGGCUGAAGAGAGCCUACAGUCUAACCAGCAAGUGGUUGGUCAAGUAUCAUCAGAUCUAAAUGUUGCCUCUGAUUUCUCCAGUGAUCUCAGGUUACCUACUGAGCUUUCAGGCAGCAUAAACGAUCUGAGCACUUUAGACACAAAUUUGCUGUUUGACCCUAGUAAACAACAGGGGCACGAUGUUGAUACUACACUGGAGGAACUAAAUAAUGAUGCAGUAUUUCAGCAAAUCUGUAAUGAGUCUUCAGGUUUUGACUGGAUGGAAAGUAAAGAUCAUCCUACAGUUGAAAUGUUGGGUUAAAUCAAAGAGUACUGUUAAAUAUAUAGCACACAUUUCAUUUUCUGAUUCAUAAUAUUUAGCCUAAUAGAUGUGCCUGCCUUCAGAAAAACAUUUGUUCAUAAACAAGUGUAUUCCAGGAGAAAAAACAUAACUGUUCUCCAUACAUAUGUUCUAUUAAUCGUGUGUCCAUAAUUUCAUUUUAGAUGCCAUCCUGUAUGGUUCACUGUAAAUACAUCUGUGUGGAUGUGUGUGUGCCAUCCAUUUAUGGAAUUGUGAGUGUAAGAAAGAACUGCAGAUGCUGGUUUAAAUCGAAGGUAGACACAAAAUGCUGGAGUAACUCAGCGGGUGACUCGGCAUCUCUGGAGAGAAGGAAUGGGCGACGUUUCGGGU